AUACCCAAUCUGUAUGUAAUUUUUUUGUCCUUCAAGGCUGAUAGAAAAAAAGAAAAACACAAAUUCAGUGUUCGACUCUAACACGCUCGACGAGCAUGGCGGUCUCGCUUAAUACAACCCUUCACCAGCCUUCUCUGAGUUCGAGCUGUAGCAUCAAGCUUUAUUCUGGGUUGAAGCCUCAGUCUGCAAGCUUUUUGACAAAUGGGUAUCAGAAUUUGAAUAAGGAGUUCUAUGGCAGAAUUCACAAGAGUUUGCAAUCCGGGACUGGGAAAGCGAGUAGGUCACGGGUAAAGAUGAUGCCAAUAGGAACACCGAGAGUUCCCUACAGAAACCGAGAAGAAGGCACUUGGCAAUGGGUUGAUAUAUGGAACGCCCUUUAUCGAGAGCGUGUAAUCUUCAUUGGACAAAACAUUGAUGAAGAGUUUAGCAACCAGAUAUUAGCAACCAUGUUGUACCUUGAUACUCUCGAUGACUCGAGGAGGAUUUAUAUGUACUUAAAUGGUCCAGGCGGUGAUCUUACUCCAAGUCUAGCUAUCUAUGAUACAAUGAAGAGCUUGAAAAGUCCAGUUGGGACACAUUGCGUUGGGCUUGCCUAUAACCUUGCAGGUUUUCUUCUUGCUGCCGGAGAAAAGGGGCAACGGUUUGCAAUGCCAUUGUCAAGAAUCGCCCUCCAGUCACCAGCAGGUGCAGCCCGUGGUCAGGCUGAUGAUAUCCAAAAUGAAGCAAAAGAGCUUUCAAGGAUAAGAGAUUACCUCUUCAACGAACUAGCAAAGAAUACCGGGCAGCCUGCGGAAAGGAUCUUCAAAGACUUGAGCCGGAUGAAAAGGUUCAACGCAGAAGAAGCGAUUGAGUACGGACUUAUCGAUAAGAUUGUGAGACCACCCCGCAUCAAAGAAGACGCUCCUCGCCAAGACGAAACUGCUGGUCUCGGUUAAGACUUUUUUGUUGUGUGUGUUUUUCACAACAGCUGCAUUUGUAAUGUCAAAAGUUUUAACAAUAUUGAGCUUCUUGUUCUUGCGUGAUUGAUACCGAAUAAAAUUACUCUUGUUGUUCUUUCAUUCCCCUCAUUAAUUUUGAUGCCUGUGUAAGAUUUAUAAAGUGAGAGACUAUUCCUGGAAAAAGUCAAUAAAUAAGCUGCCAUU